GGCAUGCUGGGAGCCUGGAGGACUAGCGAGGAGGAGUUGAGAGAACGGAGCGGACGCCAUGGCGGCCGACAUCGAGCAGGUUUUUAGGUCUUUCGUGGUCAGUAAAUUCCGGGAAAUACAACAGGAGCUUUCCAGCGGAAGGAGUGAAGGCCAGCUGAAUGGGGAAACAAACGCACCUAUUGAAGGAAGCCAGGCAGGUGAUACAGCCGCCUCUACUCGGAGUCUCCCAAAUGAAGAGAUCGUGCAGAAGAUAGAGGAAGUCCUUUCUGGGGUCCUAGACACAGAACUGCGAUACAAGCCAGACUUGAAGGAGGCCUCCAGAAAAAGUAGAUGUGUGUCUGUACAAACAGAUCCUACUGAUGAAGUUCCCACCAAAAAGUCAAAGAAGCAUAAAAAGCACAAAAACAAAAAGAAGAAAAAGAAGAAAGAAAAGGAAAAAAAAUAUAAAAGGCAACCAGAAGAACCUGAGUCCAAGUUGAAAUCUCAUCACGAUGGGAGUGUUGAUCUAGAAUCUGAUUCCUUUUUAAAGUUUGAUUCUGAAUCUUCAGUGAUGGCACUGGAACAUCCUGUAAGAGCAUUUGGCUUUUCUGAGGCCAGUGAAACCCCUCUAGUGCUGGAACCUCCAGUAGGAUCGGUGGAGGUUCAGGAGUCACAUAUGUUAGAGACUCCGAAGCCUGCUACCCAGCCUGCAGAACUGUGUUUUGGAUCUGCACCAGUCAUCUCAGAGCAGUCUGAGCAGCCUGCGUCAGUAAUGAUGGAACCGUCACCGACCAAGAUUCUGGAUUCCUUUGCAGCAGUAGCAGCAGCAGCGCUAAAGUCACCUGAGCCGGUUGUAACAAUGUCAGUGGAGUAUCAGAAGUCUGUGCUGAAGUCUUUGGAGACUACGGCUCCAGAGCUAUCAAAGGCCACGCCGGUAGAGCUUCCCGUAGCAAACGUGCUUGAGCCAUCAGAAACCCUCAUGAUAGUAUCAGAGACACCUACUGAGGUGCACCCUGAACCAAGCACAUCAACAAUGGAUUUUCCAGAGUCAUCUACAACUGAUGCACUAAGAUUGCCAGAGCAGCCUGCAGAAGCACCAUCGGAGAUCGCAGAUUCAUCCUUGACAAGACCUCAGGAGUCACUGGAGCUGCCGAAGAGCACAGCGGUGGAGCUGCAGGAGUCGUCGGUGGCCUCAGCCCUGGAGUUGCCGGGGCCACCUGCGACCUCCAUGCUGGAGUUGCAGGGGCCCCCUGUGACUCCAGUGCUGGAGUUGCCUGGGCCCUCUGCCGCCCCAGUGCCAGAGUUGUCAGGGCCCCUUUCUACCCCAGUGCCUGAGUUGCCAGGGCCCCCUGCCACAGUAGUGCCUGAGUUGCCGGGGCCCUCUGUGACACCAGUGCCACCAUUGUUGCAGGAAUUGCCAGGGCCUCCAGCGCCAUCCGUGGGGUUGGAGCCACCACAGGAGGUACCAGAGCCACCUGUGAUGGCACAGGAGUUGCCAGGGGUACCUGCAGUUUCAGCGGCAAUAGAAUUGACAGGGCAACCUGCAGUAACAGUAGCAAUGGAGUUGACCGAACAGCCUGUGACGACGACAGAGUUCGAGCAGCCUGUGGCGAUGACGACGGUGGAACAUCCUGGGCAUCCUGAGGUGACAACAGCAACAGGGUUGCUGGGGCAGCCGGAGGCAGCGAUGGUGCUGGAGUUGCCAGGACAGCCAGUGGCAACCACAGCUCUGGAGUUGUCUGGGCAGCCUUCAGUGACUGGGGUGUCAGAGUUGUCAGGGCUGCCUUCGGCAACUGGGGCACUGGAGUUGUCAGGGCAGCCUGUGGCAACUGGGGCACUGGAGUUGCCUGGGCAGCUUAUGGCAACUGGGGCACUGGAGUUCUCGGGGCAGUCUGGGGCAGCUGGAGCACUGGAGCUUUUGGGGCAGCCCCUGGCAACAGGGGUGCUGGAGUUACCAGGGCAGCCUGGGGCGCCAGAGUUGCCUGGGCAGCCCGUGGCAACUGUGGCGCUGGAGAUCUCUGUUCAGUCCGUGGUGACAACAUCGGAGCUGUCAACGAUGACCGUGUCGCAGUCUCUGGAGGUGCCCUCGACGACAGCGCUGGAAUCCUAUAAUACGGUAGCACAGGAGCUGCCUACUACAUUGGUGGGGGAGACUUCCGUAACAGUAGGAGUGGAUCCCUUGAUGGCCCAAGAAUCCCAUAUGUUAGCUUCUAACACCAUGGAGACCCAUAUGUUAGCAUCCAACACCAUGGACUCCCAAAUGCUAGCAUCCAACACUAUGGAUUCUCAGAUGCUAGCAUCCAAUACCAUGGAUUCCCAGAUGUUAGCGUCUAGCACCAUGGACUCCCAGAUGUUAGCCUCUAGCACUAUGGACUCCCAGAUGUUAGCAACUAGUUCCAUGGACUCCCAGAUGUUAGCAACCAGUUCCAUGGACUCCCAAAUGUUAGCAACCAGUUCCAUGGACUCCCAGAUGUUAGCAACCAGCUCUAUGGACUCCCAGAUGUUAGCAACCAGCAGUAUGGACUCCCAGAUGUUAGCAACCAGCAGUAUGGACUCCCAGAUGUUAGCAACCAGCUCCAUGGACUCCCAGAUGUUAGCAACCAGCAGUAUGGACUCCCAGAUGUUAGCAACCAGUUCUAUGGAUUCCCAGAUGUUAGCAUCUGGUGCUAUGGAUUCUCAAAUGCUAGCUUCUGGCACCAUGGAUGCUCAGAUGUUAGCAUCUGGUACUAUGGAUGCCCAAAUGUUAGCAUCUAGUACCCAAGAUUCUUCUAUGAUGGGUUCAAAAUCUCCUGAUCCUUAUAGGUUAGCUCAGGAUCCUUACAGAUUAGCUCAGGAUCCCUAUAGGUUGGGUCAUGACCCCUAUAGGUUAGGCCAUGAUGCUUAUAGGUUAGGACAGGACCCUUACAGAUUAGGCCAUGAUCCCUACAGACUAACUCCUGAUCCCUAUAGGAUGUCACCCAGACCCUACAGAAUAGCACCCAGGUCCUAUAGAAUAGCACCUAGGCCAUACAGGUUAGCACCUAGACCCUUGAUGUUAGCAUCUAGACGUUCUAUGAUGAUGUCCUAUGCUGCAGAACGUUCCAUGAUGUCAUCUUAUGAGCGCUCUAUGAUGUCUUAUGAACGCUCUAUGAUGUCUCCUAUGGCUGAGCGCUCUAUGAUGUCAGCCUAUGAGCGCUCUAUGAUGUCAGCUUACGAGCGCUCCAUGAUGUCACCUAUGGCUGAGCGUUCUAUGAUGUCAGCUUACGAACGCUCUAUGAUGUCAGCUUACGAGCGCUCCAUGAUGUCCCCUAUGGCUGAUCGAUCUAUGAUGUCCAUGGGUGCCGACCGGUCUAUGAUGUCAUCGUACUCUGCAGCUGACCGGUCCAUGAUGUCAUCGUACUCUGCAGCUGACCGAUCUAUGAUGUCAUCUUACACUGAUCGAUCAAUGAUGUCUAUGGCAGCUGAUUCUUAUACUGAUUCUUACACUGAUUCCUAUACGGAGGCAUAUAUGGUGCCUCCUUUGCCUCCUGAAGAGCCCCCAACAAUGCCACCAUUGCCACCUGAGGAACCACCAAUGACACCACCAUUGCCUCCUGAGGAGCCACCAGAGGGUUCAGCAUUAUCUACCGAGCAAUCAGUAUUAACAGCUGACAAUGCUUGGCCUACAGAGGUGACAUUACCUACUGAAGAAUCUGUAGCACAGCCUGAGCCUCCUGUGAGUCAAAGUGAGAUUUCAGAGCCUUUGGCAGUACCUGCUAGUUAUUCAGUGUCAGAAUCAGAGACUUCAAUGUUAGCAUCAGAGGCUGUUAUGACUGUUGCAGAACCUGCACACGAGCCAGAGUCUUCAGAUCUGUCAGCACCAGUUGAGUCUGCUGGAGUAGCAGAACAUGAAAUGGUUACAGAGAGACCAGUGACUUACAUGGUUUCUGAGGCUACCAUGUCAGCUGAACCAGCUGUGUUAUCAGAGCCGGAGACAUCAGAAACAUAUGAUUCCAUGAGGCCAUCAGGACAUGCUGUAUCGGAGGUAUCUAUGUCCCUCCUGGAGCCAGCAGUAACUAUUUCACAGCCAGCAGAGAGCAGUCUGGAGCUGCAAUCCAUGGCUGUCCCAGCACCUCCCACUAUGACUACCCCAGAAUCUCCUGCUGUUGCCGUCCCAGAACUUCCUACUGUGGCUGACCCAGAACCUUCCAUUAUGGUUGUUCCAGAAACCCCCACUGUGGCUGUUGCAGAACUUGCUGCUGUGGCUGCCCCAGAGCCUCCUGCUGUGACUACUACAGAGCUUUCCUCCAUGCCUGUCUCAGAACCCCCUGUGGCUGUCCCGGAGCUCCCAGCUUUGGCUGACCCAGAGCGUGCUACAGCUGCAGGGUCAGGUGUUUCUUCCCUGGAGGCUUCUGUGCCUGUCUUGGAACCAGCAGUAUCAGUCCUUCAACCUGUUAUGGUGGUUUCAGAACCAUGUGUUCCUGUCCAGGAACCUACCGUGGCAAUUUCAGAACCUGCUGUCACAGUUUUUGAGCAUACUCAAAUAAUAUCACCUGAGAUGGCUUUAGAGCCUUCACCAACAGUAGUGGAGUCCAGUGUUCUGUCAUCACAUGUAAUGAAAGGAGUGAAUUUACUUUCUGGUGAUCCAAGUCUUGGUCCAGAGGUUGGCGUGCAGGAGAUUCUGUUGCAUCCAGGUGAAGAGCCACAUGAUGGAGGACACUUGAAAAGUGACUUGUAUGAAAAUGAAUAUGAUAGAAAUGCAGAACUUGCUAUAAACAGUCAUUUCAUUGCUAAAGAUGUGGAGCAUAAUACAGUGUGUGCUGCUGCCAUUGGUCCUGUUGGUGAAACAAGUGAAGAGAAAGUUUUGCCCGUCAUCGAGACAAAGGAAGUCACAGAAUUGGAUACCUGUCCUGCUGUUAGUGAAGCUGAUGUAGGAAGAAGUCUGUCUUCCCAACUUGCUCUGGAACCAGAUACAAUGGGAACUAGUAAGGGGUUGGAAUUUGUCACAGCGUCUGUUCCCAGUUUAGAUAGUAAAUAUGAUGUUGAAAUAUCUUUAACUACUCAAGAUACUGAACACGACAUGGUGAUUUCCACCAGCCCCAGUGGUGGCAGUGAAGCUGACAUAGAGGGACCUUUACCUGCUAAAGACAUUCACCUUGAUUUACCAUCUACAAAUCUUGUUUGUAAGGAUACAGAAGACUCAUUACCUAUAAAAGAGAGUGACCAGACAGUAGCAGUUGCUCUUAGCCCUAAAGAAAGCAGUGAAGAUAAAGAAGUACCUCUUCCCAAUAAAGAAACAGUUCCUGAUUCAGUAUAUCCUGCCAGCAUUGAUGAGAUUAAUGAAGCUGACUUAGUGAGACCAUUACUUCCUAAGGACAUGGAACGUCUUACAAGCCUUAGAGCUGGCAUUGAAGGACCUUUACUUGCAAGUGAAGUUGAACGGGACAAAUUGGCUGCCAGUCCAGUUGUAAUUAGUAUACCAGAAAGAGCUUCAGAGUCUUCUUCAGAGGAAAAGGAUGAUUAUGAAAUUUUUGUGAAAGUUAAGGACACACAUGAAAAAAGCAAGAAAAAUAAAAACCGUGACAAAGGUGAAAAAGAGAAGAAAAGGGACUCUUCAUUAAGGUCUCGGAGUAAGCGUUCCAAGUCUUCUGAACAUAAGUCACGCAAGCGUACCAGUGAGUCUCGUUCUAGAGCAAGGAAGAGGUCAUCUAAGUCCAAGUCUCAUCGUUCUCAGACACGUUCACGGUCACGUUCAAGACGUAGGAGGAGGAGUAGCAGAUCAAGAUCUAAGUCUAGAGGAAGACGGUCUGUAUCAAAAGAGAAGCGCAAGAGAUCUCCAAAGCACAGAUCCAAGUCCAGAGAAAGGAAGAGGAAAAGAUCAAGCUCCCGGGACAACCGGAAAACAGUUCGAGCUCGGAGUCGAACUCCAAGUCGGCGGAGUAGGAGUCAUACUCCUAGUCGGCGGAGAAGGUCUAGAUCUGUUGGUAGAAGGAGGAGUUUCAGCAUUUCCCCCAGCCGCAGGAGCCGCACCCCCAGCCGCAGGAGCCGCACCCCUAGCCGCAGGAGCCGAACCCCCAGCCGCAGGAGCCGCACCCCUAGCCGCAGGAGCCGUACCCCCAGCCGCAGGAGCCGCACCCCUAGCCGCAGGAGAAGAUCAAGGUCUGUGGUAAGAAGACGAAGCUUCAGUAUAUCGCCAGUCAGAUUAAGGCGAUCAAGAACACCUUUGAGAAGAAGGUUUAGUAGAUCUCCCAUUCGUCGUAAAAGAUCCAGGUCUUCUGAAAGAGGCAGAUCACCCAAACGUCUAACAGAUUUGGAUAAGGCUCAAUUACUUGAAAUAGCCAAAGCUAAUGCAGCUGCCAUGUGUGCUAAGGCUGGUGUUCCUUUACCACCAAACCUAAAGCCUGCACCUCCACCUACAAUAGAAGAGAAAGUUGCUAAAAAGUCUGGAGGAGCUACCAUAGAAGAACUAACUGAGAAAUGCAAACAGAUUGCACAGAGUAAAGAAGAUGAUGAUGUAAUAGUGAAUAAACCUCAUGUUUCGGAUGAAGAGGAAGAAGAACCUCCUUUUUAUCAUCAUCCCUUUAAACUCAGUGAACCCAAGCCCAUUUUUUUCAAUCUGAAUAUUGCUGCAGCAAAGCCAACUCCACCAAAGAGCCAAGUAACAUUAACAAAGGAAUUUCCUGUGUCAUCUGGAUCUCAGCAUCGGAAAAAAGAAGCCGAUAGUGUUUAUGGAGAGUGGGUUCCUGUCGAGAAAAACGGCGAAGAAAACAAAGAUGAUGAUAAUGUGUUCAGCAGCAGCUUGCCCUCAGAGCCUGUGGACAUCUCAACAGCAAUGAGUGAACGGGCACUUGCUCAGAAGAGACUCAGUGAGAAUGCAUUUGACCUUGAAGCCAUGAGUAUGUUAAAUCGAGCUCAAGAACGGAUUGAUGCCUGGGCUCAGUUGAACUCUAUCCCUGGGCAGUUCACAGGAAGUACGGGAGUGCAAGUCCUGACACAGGAACAGCUGGCUAAUACUGGUGCCCAAGCCUGGAUUAAAAAGGCUCAAUUUGAGAACCACUGACUUCAUGAAAAAACAGGAUAUAUAAGACCUAAAAUCAAGGGAGAGGACGGACAUCUCAUGCUACGAAGAUGUAGGUGCACCCGAUCUCAGAUUCCUGCAAUGAGAUUUGUCAACUCUACCUACGGCUACCUCAUUGUUGGGGGAGUCUUAGGUGGUUAAAAGGGGGCUUUCUGAAGACGUGACAUCUGGUGAAGGGCUGUGGUUUGGUUGGAUGGGUGAUGAGAAAUUUGUUUCAGGAGUACUGGCAACAGCAGUGCUGAACUGGGAGGCUGCGUGGUCUCUUGGAUGGGGAAGGUUUCUUUGUCCUGCUGUACUCCUGACUCCUUGUGUGAUCGUGGGCAAGUAAUUCCUUGGAAUUUCUGUCUCCCAAGUGUCACGUGGUGUGGGAGACAGGUUCAUAUCAAAGCCUCAGACAGUGGUAAUCAGUGAUGUGAUGGGUACCUAUUACCUGUAGAAUUGGAAUGAGUGCUAGUCAUGGGUGAGGUGGAUUUUUCAAAAAAUAAAAUUUUGGUUGCUUUGAACAGUUUUGUAGCAAGCAUUACCUGUGAUUCUCUUAUUAACAAAUUAAUAUAAAGUAUCGCACAUCUUCAUUGUGCUUGCCUUUUUCCUGUUAAAUAGUUGCAUGAGUAUGUACCUAGGCAUUGGUUUUGGAAAAAGGGGAUAAGCUAGCAGUAUUUUUAAUGAUUGGAUUCAUUUUAUAUAGUAAUACUUUGUAUAAAUUAUAAAAUAGUUAAAAAAUAGCUGUCAUCUUAGUGGGAAGGAUUACGAGUUUACUUUUUUGGGACAUUGGACAAGCAAGUUGUCCAGAGCUACACUUUCAGUCCUGCUUCACUCAUCUGUCUUGAAGCUGAGUGCUUGGGAUUGCAGGAAGUUAGACAUGAAGUGUUUUUGAAUGUUUAUGCUUGUAAUAGUUCAUGUGCAUUGCCAGGUAGAAGCUUCUGGAAGGUUUUCCACUGUGAAAUGUGCUGCUCUGUGUUUAUAUAUAAAGAGCAGAUAAACAUAAGUGAAUUUCCAAGGUGAGUCUUCACUUAGUCAAGUGGCUCCCUAUGUACUUAAGUACUAAUGUUUACUAGAACCUUUAAAAUGAUUAUGCUGUACAUUUUAUGUAGAAUAUAAUCUGGGAAGCAAAUUAUUUUGAUAAGUUAUGUGUUCAUCAGACUAAGCUUUACUUUAUAGAAGAAAUCAACUCUCAUAGGAAAAUGAUCUUAUGUAACGAAUUGCUGGAGAAUAUCUGCUUAAUGAAAACCAGAGGAGCAUUAUUUUAUUAAAGUAGAUAGGCCGGUACAUUUAGAAUUCAUUCGGCAACUGAAAAUGUCAUUGGUAUUUAUCAUAAGUACUAUCUAUACCCAUAAAUUCUGUUUGGGAAAUAGGGAAAUGGCCAUUUGGCCCAGCACUGUACUAUAUUAAAAACCAUAGAGAAACACCAACCAAUACCCUCUGUGUUUAGUUUGUUUUAGAAUACUUUUAGAUUAAGAGGAAUAUUUCUUUGAUACACUCAUUUAUCAGUAAAACAUUUAAAAGUUAAUUGAUUUUUAAAGGGCCUUUAUUUUCUCAAAUGAUUUGGGAUUUGAUUUCAUAAAAAUGUUGGUUAUUGUGGUCUCACUAGAUUAAGACAGAUUUUUACAUUGGAUAAAGAGGUAGAUGCUAGUAUAAUAGCAAACAGGAUUGGAAAAUUGGGCUACUCGGGGAUUUAUAUUGUACUCUGUCUGUACAGUUGCCCUUUUUUUUAGGAGUGUUUCCUGGAAAAGAGGGGGAGAUGAACCUGGAAGUAAGUAAAGUCAUUCUAGGUGUGUAGCAUCAAGGCAGUUGAUACCCAAGCAUCAGCUAACUUUUCUCUUUAUACAUCCACAAUGCAUGGCCUGCACCAAAUAAGGAACUGAACCAGGGGUAUGUUUUUACCUCCACAGCUGCCUCCUUCCAUCAGAGCACCUUGUUGAACUUAAUGUCUAGUCACAUGUCACUGGAAUGUUUUCUCCCCAACAUUUAAUUAUAAAGCUGGGAAACAAAGCUUACAUAUUUUACUGCAGUGUAAAAACAUCACUUUUAAGUAUCAACUUACUGAUAGAAGGAAAAGUAAUGCAUACUUGCUUGCUGAGCUACCAAACAUUUGACUUUCUGUAAUGACAUGGUAUAUAUUUGGCAGAGAACGUUAGCCUAAAAUGUUGUAAUAAUUGGAAAUAAAACAUAGUUUAGAGAUGCUUCAAUUAAAAAGGAAAAAAAAAACCCACAUAGAUCAACAGCAGAAUUCAUAGUGCAUUGAUA